GGCUCAGAAGGCGACGUGCGCAGAAACAAAUCAGCCUCCACUCCGCCCCUUUCUCUCCCUCGCUCUCCUCCUGCUCAGAGUUCUUUCCUCCUCUUUCCCGCCUAUUUAAGAACCUUCCCCCUGGCGAUGCUCUCUCAGUCUCGCUUCCUCUCUCCAAGCCCUACUCUCUCCUUCAAACCCUCCCUCUCUCCAACUAGUUGUCAAUUUCCAGAUAGGGCGCUCUCUCGCUCAACCCUAACUCUCCCAAUCUCUCACCGUUCCAAAUCAUUUGUAGCAAUGAUCUCAAAUUCAUCGCUUUCGGAUCGAAUCGAGACCGCCUACUCCGGCAUUCACCAGUCUGAGAUUGAUCGCUUCGCCGAAGUUGGCAACCAGCUCGCCGACGCCGCCGGAGACGUCAUCCGAAAGUACUUCCGCAAGAGCUUCGACAUCGUCGACAAAGAAGAUCUGAGUCCUGUGACGAUUGCUGAUCGAGCGGCAGAGGAUUCCAUGGUUUCGAUUAUACAACAGAAUUUUCCUUCGCACGCAAUUUAUGGAGAGGAGAAUGGUUGGAGAUGUAAAGAGAAAGUUGCAGAAUAUGUUUGGGUUUUAGAUCCAAUAGAUGGAACUAAAAGUUUUAUUACCGGAAAACCCUUGUUUGGUACUCUCAUUGCUCUUCUACAGAGAGGUAAACCGAUGCUUGGCAUUAUUGAUCAACCUGUUUUAAGAGAAAGAUGGAUUGGGAUAAGUGGAAGGAAAACCAUGUUAAAUGGGCAAGAAAUCACCACACGCAGUUGUGCAAAACUUUCACAAGCCUAUCUGUACACAACAAGCCCUCAUCUUUUUAGUGGAGAUGCGGAAGUGGCAUUUGCUCGAGUUAGGAGUAAGGUGAAGGUUCCAUUAUAUGGCUGCGACUGUUACGCUUAUGCUCUGCUUGCCUCAGGUUUUGUGGAUUUGGUUAUUGAGUCCGGUCUGAAGCCGUAUGAUUUCCUGUCACUGAUACCUGUGAUAGAAGGCGCUGGAGGAGUUAUAACUGACUGGAAAGGAGAUCAGCUUCACUGGGAGGCUUCCUCAGAUUCACGUGCUCCAAGUUUUAAUGUAGUAGCGGCUGGAGAUAAACAGCUUCACGAACAAGCGGUAGAUUCGUUACAGUGGCAAUAAAUGGUGGGUGGGCUUCUAGGUAUCGUGCAUCAUUGUUGAACUACAACAGUGGAUUUGGACUCUUGGUUUAUCAUUUUUCAGCUGUUGUAAGAAUUGGCAAUUUGCAAGGCAAGGCAAAUUGAUCGGAUGUUAAACUGUUAUUGGCAAAGCCACUUUCAUAUUUGGAAAAGUAACUUUAUAAGCU